AUGUCGUCAGGCAGCUGGACAAUGGAGAACUGGGCUAUUGGAGGGAUACCCGUGGAGGGUGUGGCCUACGGAACCACUGUCCUCAGCAUCUCUGAAGAUGGCCGUACCCCUGGCCGACUACUGCCUCCUUCCUCCCCACAAGUCCUUCCUGACCUUUAUCCUAGUGAAGGGCCUCUCCCGGGCCUGAGAAUGUCCCUGCUGCACCUGGGGCUGCCACUGCUACAGCCAGCACCCGCCAGGCUGCUGGACUCUUCUUGCUCCCUGGAGAAGACACUGCAGUGUAGCUGCUCCUUCCAUGGGAUCCCCACACCCUCUGUGCAGUGGUGGAUGGGAGAUGCCCCUGUGGAUGUGAACAGCAUGAAUGGUGGCCUCCAGGUGACUUCCACCAUGCUGGGCCCUUGGGCCAACAGCACCAUCAACCUGGCCAAGGAGCCAGAAAUGGGCACAAGCCUUCUAUGUGAGGGCAAGAACCAAAAUGGAACCCAUGCUCUGAGCAUUCUGCUGAUGUCAGGAAGGAGUCCUUUGGCUCCCCAGAUAUUUCUGAAAGGGCUGAUCCAGGGUGUUGUCUAUGGAUCUACUGCAGUCACAUUGCUCUUCUUCUGCCUCCUCCCUUUCAUAGUGAAACAUAUCAGAAAGAAGAAGGCAAAGAAAACUGCAAAGAUCAAAGCACAAAAGUGUCCAGAGCCCAAGACAUCUCCAAAGAAUGAGGAACCAGGAAAAUCCAUAAUCACUUCAUCUUCUGAGAACCAGAUUGUGGAAAAGCAAGAUAAACCGGAGACAAUGAAGCCUGUGAGAACUACGUGGCACCUGGAGUUCCCAGUGUCCAUGGAACUAUGA